AUGUCUUAUGUAGUUGAUAUUCUAUUUGCUGAAGUUCCUUGGACUUCUAGAAGUCUCUUCGGAACUUCCUACAACAUUCCAGGAUUUCUGGAAACUCUCGAACCUCAAAACAUAUUUUCCUGUUAUCUGGAAUUGCUCAUAUUAAUCCCGGCAAUGAUUGUUGUAUCGAUUUAUGUUUGGGUGAUCACUACGAUUUCACUUUUUCAUAAAAAUGUGGUGAUUUUAUUGAUUUGGGCGUAUUUUUGGUAUUUUUUGGGGGCUUUGGCGAGAAUUCCGAUUUUAUUGAUUCAAUUGCAUUUUUUUGAAGGUUUUUAUUUUUUAAAAUUUAAAAUUUUCUGUUUUUUCUAUAGAUCAAUACCCAAUAAUCCUAUUUUUGGCAUCAUUUUUGAGAAUUGAAUUUUAUAUUUGUUGCCCGAUGACUAUUCCAAUGGUAGUUAUAGAAAGGUAAGAAUGGGCCCAACUCAUUGCUCAUGUUAGGCUGAUCAUUUUGAGACCAAACAAGGCUUAGCUACUGUAUGUCCCUUUAAAGUACCCUGAAUUUGAGCCACUCCUACAAAACUAUGCCUAUACCAUUGCUCAUAUUAGGCUGAUCAUUUUGAGACCAAACAAUGCAUGGUUUUGUGGUAGGAGCCUAAGCUCCUUCUGAGCUACUGUAUGUCCCUUUGAAGUACCCUAAUUUCAAGCCACGCCCAUAAAAGCAUGCCUUGUUUGGUCUCAAAAUGAUCAGCCUAAUAUGAGCAAUGAGGUGGUUUAUCCUCUAUGUCCUUUUAAAAUUCCUAAAUUUCAAGUUUUUCAGAGUUCUCGCAACUCACUUCGUCUCAGAUUACGAGAAAAAUCAUCGAGUUUGGAUAAGUUAUCUAUUUCUCCCGAUAUUUUUCAUCUUCUCACAAUUCCUAAGCCUUCCGCUUUUUUUGAAAAAAGUUUUGGUAAUCUAUGGAGCCAUCGGAAUGUUGUUCGUCUGUGGAUUGCUGGGAUUUUUCAAUAUUUUGUAUUGGGUGAAUUGGAGAACUUUGAAAAAGAUGGAAAAAAAUUCGAUGGAAUAUACGUUGAGUAAGAAAUAUCAGAUUGAGGAGAAUUUGAGGAUUAUGUGGGUGAGUUUUAGCCCGCAAGCGGCAAAAAAAUUGAAAAAAAAAAGUCCACAGGCGGGCUCGAACUCGCAACCUCUCACACAUGAAUCUAGCAACUUACCGCCUACACCAUGUGUGCUCAAUUUUCAAGAGCUUUAAAACUAAUUUUUAGCACAUUUUGAUCAGCUCGGCGAGCUUCACCCUAACCUGAAAUUAAUUUCAGUUUCUUCGUCGCAUCGGAAUCUCAAUUAUCGUUUUCGCGUGUCUUUUCACAAUUGUGAUGCUAUUUCCAUGGAAGCAUUUAUUCGAUUUUCAGCUGAACUUAUCUGAUGUUAUAGUUUAUUUGGAUGUAUGCAUCGCAGGGUAAGAUCAAGGGCUUCCAAGGCUUCCCAAGGCUUCCCAAGGCUUCCCAAGGUUUCCCAAGGCUUCUCAGGGCUUCCCAAGGCUUCCCAAGGCUUCCCAGGGCUUCCCAAGGCUUCCCAAGGCUUCUCAAGGCUUCCCAAGGCUUCUCAAGGCUUCCCAAGGCUUCUCAAGGCUUUCCAGGGCUUCCCAAGGCUUCUUAAGGCUUCCCAAGGCUUCUCAGGGCUUCUGAGAGCUUCUGAAGGCUUCCCAAGGCUUCCCAAGGCUUCCCAAGGCUUCCCAGGGCUUCCCAGGGCUUCUGAAGGCUUCCCAAGGCUUCCCAAGGCUUCCCAAGGCUUCCCAAGGCUUCUCAGGGCUUCCCAAGGCUUCCCAAGGCUUCCCAGGGCUUCCCAAGGCUUCCCAAGGCUUCUCAAGGCUUCCCAAGGCUUCCCAAGGCUUCCCAAGGCUUCUCAAGGCUUCCCAAGGCUUCUCAAGGCUUCCCAGGGCUUCCCAAGGCUUCCCAAGGCUUCUCAAGGCUUCCCAAGGCUUCUCAAGGCUUCCCAAGGCUUCCCAAGGCUUCCCAAGGCUUCACAAGGCUUCCCAAGGCUUCUCAAGGCUUCCCAAGGCUUCCCAAGGCUUCUCAAGGCUUCCCAAGGCUUCUCAAGGCUUUCCAGGGCUUCCCAAGGCUUCCCAAGGCUUCCCAAGGCUUCUCAAGGCUUCCCAAGGCUUCCCAAGGCUUCUCAAGGCUUCUCAAGGCUUCCCAAGGCUUCCCAAGGCUUCUCAAGGCUUCUCAAAGCUUCCCAAGGCUUCUCAAGGCUUCCCAAGGCUUCUCAAGGCUUUCCAAGGCUUUCCAAGGCUUCCCGAGGCUUCCCGAGGCUUCUCAAGGCUUCUCAAGGCUUUCCAAGGCUUCCCGAGGCUUCCCGAGGCUUCUCAAGGCUUCUCAAGGCUUCCCAAGGCUUCCUAAAAUCAAUUUUCCCUAGAUGCUCUAUAAUUGUCCCGCUCAUCGUCUUCUACACCCUCUACAAAUCCGAAAACUCUGCAUUUCUGCGUAAAAUCCGAUGGCUUUUCCGCAUUCCGCUUCCGCUUCCGCAACCAACAAUUCAAAUCGCGCCGGUUUUCCGCGACGAGAGCAAAGUCUAUUUUGAUCAAUUGCAGAAUUCGUGGAAAUGA